AAUCCCUUUGUCUGUUUAUGUCUCAAACCAUCUUUCUGUCACUUUCUCCCUGUCCCUCUCCACCUACCCCCUCUCUCUUUCUCCCUAUCCCUCUCCACCUACCCCCUCUCUCUUUCUCCCUGUCCCUCUCCAUCUACCCCCUCUCUCUUUCUCCCUGUCCCUCUCCAUCUACCCCCUCUCUCUUUCUCCCUGUCCCUCUCCAUCUACCCCCUCUCUCUUUCUCCCUCUCCAUCUACCCCCUCUCUCUUUCUCCCUGUCCCUCUCUAUCUACCCCCUCUCUCUUUCUCCCUUUCCCUCUCCAUCUCCCUGUCCCUCUCCAUCUCCCUGUCCCUCUUCAUCUACCCCCUCUCUCUUUCUCCCUGUCCCUGUCCCUCUCCAUCUACCCCCUCUCUCUUUCUCCCUGUCCCUCUCCAUCUACCCCCUCUCUCUUUCUCCCUGUCCCUCUCCAUCUACCUCCUCUCUCUUUCUCCCUGUCCCUCUCCAUCUACCCCCUCUCUCUUUCUCCCUGUCCCUCUCCAUCUACCUCCUCUCUCUUUCUCCCUGUCCCUCUCCAUCUACCCCUCUCUCUUUCUCCCUGUCCCUCUCCAUCUACCCCCUCUCUCUUUCUCCCUGUCCCUCUCCAUCUACCCCCUCUCUCUUUCUCCCUCUCUCACUUCCACCUCCCAGUUGAUUGGUCGAGGGCGGUAUGGCUCCGUGUAUAAAGGUUCUCUAGACGAGCGUACCGUGGCGGUCAAGAUGUUCACCUACCAGAACCGGCAGAACUUUGUCAACGAGCGAGCCAUCUACCGUGUCCCCCUGCUGGAGCACGAUAACAUCGCACGCUUCAUCGUUGGAGACGAGAGACUCACAGCCGACGGACGCAUGGAGUACCUGCUGGUCAUGGAGUACUACCCUCAUGGUUCUCUGUGUCAGUACCUGAGUCUACAGACAGGAGACUGGGUCAGCUGUUGUCGCCUCACACACUCUGUCACACGGGGGCUGGCCUACCUGCACACUGAGCUGCUGAGAGGAGACAUCUACAAGCCAGCCGUAUCUCACAGAGACCUGAAUAGCAGGAAUGUUCUAGUAAAGAACGAUGGGACGUGUGUGAUCAGUGACUUUGGUCUGUCCAUGAAGCUGACGGGGAACAGACUGGUCAGGCCUGGAGAGGAGGAGAACGCUUCCAUCAGCGAGGUGGGAACGAUCCGCUACAUGGCCCCAGAGGUUCUGGAGGGGGCGGUGAACCUGAGGGACUGUGAGUCGGCUCUGAAGCAGGUGGACAUGUACGCCCUGGGCCUCGUCUACUGGGAGACCUUCAUGAGGUGUACUGACCUCUUCCCAGGAGAGGCGGUGCCCGACUACCAGAUGGCGUUCCAGGCAGAGGCAGGGAACCACCCCUCCUUUGAGGACAUGCAGGUGCUGGUCUCCAGGGAGAAAGAGAGACCCAAGUUCCCUGAGGCCUGGAAGGAGAACAGCCUGGCGGUGCGUUCCCUGAAGGAGACCAUGGAGGACUGCUGGGACCAGGAUGCUGAGGCCAGACUGACCGCUCAGUGUGCAGAGGAGCGCAUGGCUGAACUGCUGCAGAUCUGGGACCGGACCAAGUCUGUCAGCCCUACGGUUAACCCCAUGACCACCACACUGCAGAACGAGAGCCCUACGGUUAACCCCAUGACCACCACACUGCAGAACGAGAGGACCAAGUCUGUCAGCCCUACUGUUAACCCCAUGACCACCACACUGCAGAACGAGAGGAACCUGUCCCACAGCCGCAGGGGUCCUAAAGUCAGCCCUUACCCCGACUACUCCUCGUCCUCCUACAUCGAGGACCACGAGGGCCACGUGGUGAAGAACCUCCCCGGUGGAGACACCUCUGUAUCGGGGACCUCCUCCGUCGGCGUCCUGGGUGGAACCAGCAGUGUACCCGCUGGUCCAGAGAAGAACCGAAACUCCAUCAACGCUGAGCGUCAGCAGGCCCGUCUGCCCAGCCCGGAGAGCAGCGGCGCCAGCCUCUCCACCACCACGGGCCUGACACCCAACACCGUCAUGACCACCAUCUCUGAGUCGGGUCAAGGGGAGGACUCAUCCGGCCCACUAGGUGGCGCUGUGCUGGGCCUGGUGGUGCCGGUGUGUCUGCAGCUGACCCAAGAGGACUUGGAGACCACUAAGCUGGACCCUAAAGAGGUUGACAAGAACCUGAAGGAGUCUUCUGAUGAGAACCUUAUGGAGCACAGCCAGAAACAGUUCUCUGCUCCAGACCCCCUCAGCUCUGGGUCUUCCUCCCUGCUCUACCCCCUCAUCAAGCUGGCUGCGGAGGUGACUGGGGCCGGGGCCCAGGGAGGGUCUGGGACCGGGGCCAGUGGGAUGGGGGACCCUCCAGCUACUAUGUUCCCCCUGCCCAAACAGCAGAACCUCCCCAAACGGCCCACCAGCCUACCACUCAGCACCAAGGCCAAGGAAGGCUCUGGUUCCUCCAGGCUGAAGUCUGGGAAACACCGGUCCAAUCUGAAGCAGGUAGAGACGGGCGUGGCCAAGAUGAACACGGUCGCCCCGGCGGCAGAGCCACGCCUUGUUAACGUUACCAACAACGGGCCGACGGCCGUAGGAAACGGGGUGCGGAGCGGCGUAAGCGUCGUGGUCGUCAACGGUUACCUGAACGGAGGCGUGGCCUCUUCAUCUGGAGGCGGGGCUCCUUACGGGACUACCAAUCCGGCGGGCCCUCAGGGGGAGUUGGGCGGAGCGACACCCUUGUUACAGACCCAGCUCAGCGGAGAGGACAGUCGACUCAACAUCAACUCCAGUCCUGAUGAACAUGAACCACUGCUGAGGAGAGAGCAGCCCACCGCAUGUGACCAGAGACCAACCAAUCACCUGGCGGGACGCACCAACACCAACAACAACAACAACCACCGUCUGGUGAUCACAUGUCCAUCUGUAGAGGGACGGCCUGAACCACUCACCUUUGUCCCCAUACCUAGACCUGUCUCUGUACCCAAACCCAUCUCCGUACCUCUCACUGCCCAACUACCAGCCCCAGCCUCAGCCCCAGUCUCAGCCCCAGUCUCAGCCCCAGUCUCAGCUCCAGUCUCAGCUCCAGUCUCAGCCCCAGUCUCAGCCCCAGUCUCAGCCCCAGUCUCAGCCCCAGUCUCAGCUCCAGUCCUAGCCCCAGUCCUAGCCCCAGCCUCAGCCCCAGCCUCAGCCCCAGCCUCAGCCUCAGCCUCAGCCCCAGUCUCAGCCCCAGUCUCAGCCCCAGUCUCAGCCCCAGUCUCAGCCCCAGUCUCAGCCCCAGUCUCAGCUCCAGUCUCAGCUCCAGUCUCAGCCCCAGUCUCAGCCCCAGUCUCAGCCCCAGUCUCAGCCCCAGUCCCAGCCCCAGUCCCAGCCCCAGUCCUAGCCCCAGUCUCAGCCCCAGUCCUAGCCCCAGUCCUAGCCCCAGUCCUAGCCCCAGUCCUAGCCCCAGUCUUAGCCCCAGUCUCAGCCCCAGCCUCAGCCCCAGCCUCAGCCCCAGCCUCAACCCCAGUCUCAGCCCCAGCGGCCCUCAGACAGCCCAAACCCAGACGACCUGAGAGACCCUGCUCCCUGGACCUGUCUGCCUCCUCACAGAACAGCUCUUCAGGUGAUGGUUCGUCGCUGGACGGCCAGGGAGGGUCAGGUGAGAAGAUCAAGCGUCGUGUCAAGACACCGUACUCGCUGAAGAGGUGGCGCCCCACCACCUGGGUGGUCUCCACGGAUACGCGGGUCGGAGAGGUAAACAACAACGGAACCUGUCGCUCCAAGUCCUCCACUGCCGUCUACCUGGUAGGGGGUGGGACUACCACUGCUACCGCCACCGUGACCUCUGACCCCUGUGACCCCGGCAUGACCUGCCUGUGAACCCUGACCCCUAGAGGAGGGUGUGAUAACGGGUGGGCGGUGUGUUGCAGAAACGCCAGCUGCCUGGUUGCCAACUACACCCAGCUGGCUACUUACCUUUACGUGGCCGGCUACUUCAGUGACUUUAACCAAUAGGGACGCAUCAGAUGCCACCAAAUGGGACUUUAUUUUUUAGGGCAGAAUGUGUUGCCCGUAACCUCCCACACCUCCAUAGCUGGCAACUUUUUUUCAUUUACGCUGGCUACAUUCGAUUUGUCGGGAACACAUUGAGGAGGGCGUGGCCUCCUUAUGGCUACGCCUGUGUCCGCAAUGACACCCUAUUCCCUGUGUAUUGCACUACUUUCGACCAGAGCCGAUGUGGUCGAUAGGGUAGUGCGUCUGUUGUGAAAUAGGGUGUCGUUUUAGACCUGUAUGGCAGCAUGCUCUGGUUUCCCUGGUUUCCCUGGUUUCCAUGGUUUCCCUGGUUUCCCUGGUUUCCAUGGUUUCCAUGGUUUCCCUGGUUUCCAUGGUUUCCCUGGUUUCCGUGGUUUCCGUGGUUUCCUGGUUCGAAUUCCGUCAGAAGGAGAAGAAACGAUGUGACUGCACGAGAAUCAAUUGUCAAGAAAGAAGCACUUAUAAAUUAUGAUAUUCAUUUUCUUCUCAACUUUUUCUUUACUUUGUAGAACUUUAAAACAAAAUAUAUCUAUGCAGCAACAUUGGCUUCAAUUGCUUCCAUUAUAAAUGCUGUUCCACAUAAAUCAUUGUAUGAUUGUACGUAUUUGCUGUUUUGAAUUUAAAAAAAAUAAAAUAAAAAAAUAAAAUAAAAUGUGCACUUAAAAAAAGAAAAGUGAUGUCAAUCAUCUAGUGACCAUGGUAACGACUGGUCUAAAAGAAACAUGAAGAGAAAAGACUGAUCAAGCAAGAGCAGCGGGUCUUUAAGACUGGGUUAGAUGCUCGUUGGUUUCCAGUCGUGUUUAUGCGUAGUACAUUCAGUAAUGUUUAUAUUUUGUAUUAUUUAACGAGCGGCAAAGUCGGUUUCAGAACAAAGUGUUAUUUACAGUGACGGUCUGUACCGGGCCAAACCCGGACGACGCUGGGCCAAUUGUGCGCCGCCCUAUGGGACUCCCGAUCACGGCCAGAUGUGAUACAGCCUGGAUUCGAACCAGGGACUGUAGUGCACUGAGAUGCAGUGCCUUAAAGCCGCUGCGCCACUCGGGAGCCCCCCUUUUUAUGCUUAGUACAUUCAAUAAUGUUUAUGUAUUCGUUUUAACAUCAAUCUGUAUAUCCUACGUUUGUCCAUCACGUGUUUAAUUGUCCUAUAGGCUUUAGCGUUUAAAGAGCUUUUUUAAACCAUU